GUCGCUGCUCUUUCUAGGCUCUCUUCACUCACACUGACUCGAUGAGUCUCGAUAGCAGACUUUGCAAAGCAAAAGCGCUUCUUCAUCCUUGUGAUAUGACAUACCCAAGAUAGCUGAAUAUCCACUCCAGCGACCGAUCAUGCGAUACUGUAUCGGUGGAGAUACUUUUCCCAAGGCUGUACCUUAGCUUGUGACUAUAUCUGAGAGCAUAGUGACCAGGCUAUCGUCGCUCGAAUCAACUCCUCCCCUCUUGACUUUGGACAUUAUGCCUGCUAAGCGCGUCCUAAUUGGUUUUGGUGUUGAUAUUGAUGCUGUAGCCGGUUGGCUUGGAUCUUAUGGCGGAGAAGACUCUCCCUCAGACAUAUCCCGGGGGAUGUUCGCUGGUGAAGUCGGCGUUCCUCGCCUCCUGAAGUUGUUUCGAAAGUAUGACAUGAAGACCACCUUCUUCAUUCCUGGUCAUAGCUUGGAGACAUUUCCUGAGCAAAUGGCUGCAGCCCGGGAUGCAGGUCACGAAAUCGGACUACAUGGAUACUCCCACGAAAACCCUGUUUCGAUGACUCAAGAACAGCAACGCGACGUGCUGGAUCAUACGUUCAAGCUCUUGACCGAUUUUAAUCACGGAAAGCCUCCCAUAGGUAGUGUAGCUCCUUGGUGGGAGCAAAGUCAAGAAAGUGUCAAUCUCUUACUCGAGAAGGGUAUUCAAUACGACCAUUCUGGAAUGGCUCACGAUUGCCAGGCGUAUUAUAUGCGAGACGAGGAUACUUGGACCAAGAUUGACUUCAAAGAGGAGGCUGCGACGUGGAUGAAACCGCUCCGGAGGGGUAAAGAAACUGGACUCGUACAAAUCCCAGUGAGCUGGUACCUCGACGACCUUCCUCCUAUGAUGUUCAUGAAAUCGAGUCCUAACUCGCACGGUUGGGUUAACACUCGAGACGUUGAGCAACUGUGGAAGGACAUGUUCACAUACUGCUACAGGGAAGAGGAAGAGUUCAUUUUUCCUAUCACCAUCCAUCCGGAUGUCAGCGGACGGCCUCAUGUGCUUCUCAUGCUGGAACGAUUCAUUGAGUGGGUGAAUACGCAUGACAACGUCCACUGGGUCACAACAGCUCAGAUGGCAAAGGAGUUCAGAGCCAAGGUCAAACCGGUAGAAGGCGCAAAGAUGCCUCGGGGAUUAGAGGUAUAACUAGAUGUGCUAGGCACUAAGGCAGAACUCGAUUUUCUGAAAUUUCUAGUACAGGAUGUGAAUCGAAUACGGAUAGGAAAAGGAGAUAUGUGUUGUCCAUCUAAAGUAAAAUCCUGUAGUUGCGAUGAGAGUCAGAAAUCUCAAUCCGAU